GUCGUACUACAUUUUAUUAUUUUUAUACCGUCGUUCAUCGCGACGUCAUUGUAAUACGUACGUUCGACGGCGACGGUGCUCGACUGCCUCAGCUGUAUAAUAAUCCGCCGCCGCCGCUGCUUCACGUGUAUACCGCUGCUGAGUAUUCAACGGUGCCCAGUCGCGACCGUCAAAAAUAUCAGGCACUAUUCAUAUAACACCGCUCGCUUAUUCAAUAAUAAUAAUAAUAAUAAUAAAUUUCGUUUAAACGGAUAUAUUAUAAAGGUAUUAUAAUAAUCAUAAUAUAUAUAUUUACCUAUAUAUAUAUAUAUAUAUACGAAUUAUCGUCGAAAUCAAUAAUAACGAUUCGCACUCGUGUAUAAUAAUAUACCGUAGUCAUAAUCGUUAUAUUAUUAUUUCGGCGGCGCUAUCGAUCGGAGAAAACCCGAUACUAUUUGAUACGAUACGGCAUAUUAUAUUAUAUAUAGUGUACUGCAGUACAUUGCAGUUGUCUGUCGCGAGCGUGAAACGUCCAAUGCUCAUGAUGAACGAUUUCGGGUCGAUGGGCCCGGGCAACAUGAUGCCUCCGUCGUUCAACCCCAUGUGUCAGGGGCUGUUCGAGCACCAAAUGCCCAAGCCCAGGCUGGCGUUCAAGAUGCCUCGCGUGGUGCCCGACCAGAAGAAUAAGUUUCAGACUGACGAUCUGUUCAAACGACUCAGUCGUGAGAGUGACGUGAGGUAUACGAGCUACAGAGAUAGGCCUCAUGAAGAACGACAAAACCGUUUUCAAAUAGGUUGUCGCGAAGGGCAUGUGGACAUUGCUUUCGCCACAACUGGGACAAAUCUGCAACUCAUGUUCACUCCAAAUAUGCCGUCGAUGACAUCUUAUCACCAACCCACUAUUGGUUAUUGUGAUUUUGAAAAAGAACAAGGAAUGGUCCACAUCCUAUCGCCGUUUAUAAUGAACGGCGUUUGCGUGCAAUGGAAAGGUCGGAUCAAUUUAGAAAAAUUAGACGGCAUCGGAUGUUUGGAAUUCGACGAAGAACGAGCAAUGAUUGAACACCAAAUAUUGCAAGAACAGAUAGAGAGGUACAACAACCGUAUAAAAGACCACCAGGACAAAUCGCGGGUGUAUAGACACCAAGAACGAGUUAACGGACCCGAGAUGGACGUGAACAAACGAUUUAAUAAUUUUUAAUCUAUUCAUUAUACUUCCGUUUUUAUUUAUUCUUUGUUAUGUAAUCUCGUUGGUAUUAGAUAAACCAAUUUACCUACCUAUUAUUAUUCAAGAGAGUUGUGUUUACCUCCUAUAUAUUAUUGACAGUGGAAAUGCCAAACAAUGUAACCCAUAAGUACCUCCAACGAAACGCGAGGGAAUUGUUAACAGACAAUUUUUUGUAAAAUUUCGAUUAGGAAUUUUUCUAAGCGCGUGUGUGCGGGUUUUGUAAAUGUGUGCGUAGUGAAUGAUCAUUAGUGUGUGUAUAGUAUAGUGUAAAAUAAGUAGUGGAAAGUUCAUCUCGCUCGCGCAUACUUACAAGUUACCACCGCGACAUCUCGCGCGUUAACAAUUUUUAUUAUAAUAUGCUCAUUUGUGUGCACUUUUUUUCAAUCCUACCGAUGGUCUGACCAGGCUAUCUCGAAAAAGUGUACGGGUGUUCACUUAAAAGAACUAGUAGGUACUUAGUCAGUAUUUCAGCCUUCGGGUAACGUAUUUAAAUUUCGAAUAUUUAACAUUUAAAAUUCGUGAAAUUUUAAAUAUUCGACCCGAAUUAAUGGGUGCUCAGUAACGAAAGAGAUCUUGAAAAAUUGACGAAAAAUUGUUUUGUUAUUAUCAUAUAUAGGUAUUUUAGUCACUCCUAGAAAAAAAAAACAUUUUAUGGGUUGCACUACUUAGCCUUUCCACGGUCGUUAUGAUUAUAAAGAUUUUGCGAUUUUGCGAUUUUAUUUUGUUUGUUUGUUUGUAUUAUAAUAUAUUAUGCAAUAAAAUUAUCCAUUUACGAAAUACGA